GUGUUGGUCCCGCAACAGAAUGCGCCGGGCCCAUUUCUUUACAUGAAGGGCGAGUGUAAACAUUAGCCGGCCGAGAAAAUAAUGCAGGUGAUUUAAGGGCUUCCCAGGGCGGCCGAGAUAUUUAUAAGACCACUUGUCCUCAUUGGGGGGAGCUGUCGCCGGGCCUUCGUCUGAGGAAUGGGCCGUCCGGGCUGAGGGCGCGGCCGUCUCGAGUGCGAGCCAGCAGCAUGUCGGGCGAGGCGCCGGCCGCCGCCGAGGUCAAGCCCAGCCUCAACUCGGCCUUCAGCACCGUCGUCAGGAAGAACUUCUCCUCGUUCUCCGUGGACUCCAUCCUCGCCUCGGACUCGCGGGGGGCGCGGCCCGAGGACGACCUCAAGGCGUCCCCCACCGAGCCCUCGGACGCCGAAAGCGAGCGCGAGGAUGAGCGGUCGCCCAGCCGCCGCGACGAGGACGACGUCGAGGUCCGCAUGGACUCCGAGGAUGACUUGAAGGAGCACGAUUCCCUCGAGGACUGCGCCUCCGACGGGGGAGCCUUCCGGCCUGCCGCCGUGACUCCCCUCAGGGACGCCCUGUUCCCCUCGCGCGUGGGCGGCCCCCCGCACCACCCGCUGCUCCCCGCGGGCCUCCAGCCGGGCCUGUGGCCGCCCCUGCACCUCCUGCACCACCACCUGGCCCUCAGGGCGUGCGCCGCCAAGUCCUCGGAGCCCCCGCGGUUCCACGGCCCCAUGAAGGUCACGCUCCGGAAGCACAAGCCCAACCGGAAGCCGCGCACGCCCUUCACCACGCAGCAGCUCCUGUCGCUCGAGAAGAAGUUCCGCGAGAAGCAGUACCUGAGCAUCGCCGAGCGCGCCGAGUUCUCCGCCUCGCUCAGCCUGACGGAGACGCAGGUCAAGAUCUGGUUCCAGAACCGCCGCGCCAAGGAGAAGAGGCUGAAGGAGGCCGAGAUCGAGAGGCUGCGGUUCGACUCGCGCCCGACUCUGGUCCAGAACCCCCUCCUGCCGCCCGCGUCCCUCCUGCCGCAGUUCCUCCUGUCGAGUUCCUUCUCCCACCUGACGCAGGGUCUUCGGCCGCCCUUGCCUGGCUUCGGCCCGACGCCCUCCGACAGCUAGCGGCCUCGACCUCGUCUCUCCGGGGGAAGUGGCUGCGGUUUUAUUUAUUUCGUCCCUUUUACAGCUUUUCCAUUAUUCGUUUUUUC